AUGACUCUCACAGGACACUGCCUCUGCAAGGCCGUCACCUACAAGGCGGACGUGUCCGAACCCCUCAUUACAGCCUACGACCACUGUGAUGACUGCCAGCGCCAAUCAGGCUCUACCUACUCCCUCGUCACCGUCGUCCCCAAGGAAAAACUCACAAUCAGCGGCCCCAUCAAGAAGUGGGAGGGUAAGGGAAGCUCCGGUCACUCAGUCUGGCGCCUCUUCUGCUCUGAGUGCGGAUCCCCCAUCGCCCAUGACCCUGAUGCUGCACCCGAGAUCAUCGCCCUCAAGGCUGGUACCUUGGACUCGGACAUCAAGAAGAAGCUCAACCCUGACACCGAAAUCUGGACCGUCAGCAAGCUCCCUUUCUGCAAGGAGAACCUGUCUAAGCCCUUCAAGUACAUGCCCGAAUAA